AUGAAAACCGUGGACGUUAGUCACCAUACCUUUGUGGAGCCUGUACGCCGAAUUCUGAACGUUUUCGACAUGAAACACUUCUAUUUUUCGGAGUCUGUACCGAACAGUGCGUUGAAUAACUCCAGGGUUUACUCGGAUACGCCAUCCAUAUCCCCUCGAGUUCCUCCGCGACCGCCACCCUUACCAACACAACCCAUACCGCCCGGCACAAGGGUAGCUGCUGUUGCCCCAUUAAUGAGCAACAAAACUAGCUCGUUACCGGUGAAGCGUCGUCCUGCACCCCACUCAGAUGUGAUAUGCCUAAGUGACGACGAGCCUGGUCCUUCGGCUGCGAAGCGCGCAGCGAACUCACCAGCCGGGGCUUCUCCAUUGACUAUGAAGAACAAACCUGUUGACAGUACUAAUCGAUGCAAGAUUUGUGAUGCUGCGAUGGCGACGCCACAAAUUCAGUCGCUGCAUGAGCUGCAUAGAAAUGGAAUGAAAUGGUUCUGUCUGGAUUGCGCCAGCGCUCAAAUGGACGAAGUGGAGGCGAUGAAGCACUACUUCAGUACGCAUGUCAAAGUUGCUGAACAGAGAGCUAUUGAGAAAGUUCGUGUGAAGCUUGUGUAUUACCGUUGCGUGUCGUUGCCAUGCGCUGUGUUUUGUUUGAUGCCACGUUACAGGGCAUACCAUGCUUCAUAA